CUCCAGUUUCACUGUUUGAGCAUGUGCGAGGUCGUGAUCGACCAGAUAACCAACUCCAGUGUGACCCGUGCAGCAUGACCAGGAUAGUGUCACCCUGUUGAUGAGUUGAUCUCGAGAUCCUGUAAUGAAUUGCUGUCACGACUAAAGCUUUAUCGUUGUUGUUACUGAACUAGAUCUGCUCAGCUAUUAACGCAUAUCACCGUUUCGCCCAGAUGUCGGUGCUACUCCCACCCAGAGAUAGGCGAUUAAAGCCUCUUCCCGUGGAAGCUUCGAUCCACAGCCAUGAUCCCCUGCUUUACAUUGAGCGUCAGACAAAACAUCUUCAGCGGAACCUGCAGACUCUCCUGGACGCCCAGAGCGAAGGCCUCCUAGCUGUCCUCUCGGGCUCUCGCCAGGAUGAUGCUUUAUCCACAACCACUUUGAACCCGACUCCCUCAGUUGCCAGCAGCUCCAGAGCUCCUACCGUGCCUGUUAGACAGCCUGCACAGAACAAGAUCGGACUGCGUGCGGCGAGGAAAGGGAUCCUCAAGUCUAUGCAGGAGCUCUUGAUCCUGAAGGUGGAAGAGCAACGGAUACUUGCAGUUCAGUCGGAUGAGAGGAUAGAUGCGAUAAGACAGGUUGAUUAUUUUAUAUCCAAGCAGAAGGGACUGGAAAGUACCAUAUCGACGAUUCAAAAUGAUGGCGACAGUCAGAGGUGUCUUGAGCUCAAGGAUGAAGCACGGAGGUUAGAAAAUGACAUCAGUGAGCUGGAGAUCAGGUUAUUUGAAAUGAAGGCGAGACAUCGCACGGUCGUCAACGAGAUCGCCCAGGUCGAAAAUUCCGUCGAAGCUAAACUUUCUUCCUACAAAGCCUCCUUGUCGCUUCUCGAAUCCGAAGUGCGCAAAUAUCUCCGACAUCCUCCCCUGGUCCCACUCUCCGUCGAGGCGACAUUUUACUCCUUGAGUCCGAAACGGAGAACCCUAGAGAUGGCGAAAGAACAUUGGACUACGGAACGGAGUGAGCUUGACAAGAGGAAGAACGGUGUUCGUUUGGAAGUUGGGGCACUAAAAGAGGGGAGUGCGGUGUGGCAGGACGUCGUAAAAGACGUGACCGACUUCGAGAAGAGAUUAGGAGAGGAGAUGAGUCGUCUCCUUCAAGGGAAUUCCCAGCUAUUGGACACGCAGGACAAUUUAGGAGAAAGUACUGGAGAGAGAGCCAAAGCCAUUCUCAAGGAUAUGGAGGAUACCACAAACCGCAUUGAAGAGAAGCUUGAUCUUGCUGAGGAGAAAGACUGGAAGUUGCUUGUCUGCUGCAUUGGCGCUGAAUUGGAGGCUCUCCGAGAAGGCAGAGCCAUGUUACUGGACCUGUUCAACCUCUCGUCAGAUAGUUUUCGAACGGCACCCGAAUGCGAGUCAACAGAAGCGAAACCAGACGAGGGUCACGAAACAGAGGAAGGACACGACGAUCUACAUGGAGACCAUCUUAGCAUGGACAAACCGGAACCCCCUCCCGAUCUGUUGAGGGAUACGUCGCCUUCGCAUGAAGCCACAAGGUCGGAAGACGAGGACGAUGAACCGGACCCCGCGUGGCUACUCUCUGAUCCUUAAUUUCCCAUCGAAAGUAUAUAAUAGAUCAUGAUAUCCUUCAGCGCAGCGAUAGAGCGAGCAUAUAUGAUUAACGCCUAAGACUAGUAAAGGCAGUGUUCCAGAAUCAAAAUUUCCUAGAGCUAUGAUAUUCACUUCAAUCAGAGUACCUUUUUGCGAGUCACUCGAUCGUCCGUAG